AUGUCGUUCAUAAAUAUCUGUCGUGAGAACACCGACCCGUUUUACCGUUACAAGAUGCCUCCGAUCCAGUCCAAGGUCGAAGGUAGAGGUAACGGUAUCAAGACUGCCAUUCCCAACCUUAGUGAGGUUGCCAGAGCCUUGGGCCGUCCUCCAGCUUACGUUGUGAAAUACUUCGGUUCCGAGUUGGGUGCACAGACGAAAAUCAACGAGGAAGAUGAUAGAUUUCUUGUUAACGGUGCCCACUCUCAGGCUGAGCUACAAGACUCCUUGGAUGGCUUCAUCAACCGUUUUGUGCUCUGUGGCGCUUGUAAAAACCCCGAGACCCAGAUCACCAUCAAGAGCAAAGGCUUCUUGCAGAGAGACUGUAAAGCCUGCGGUCGUAUCACCGACAUCGACUUGAGACACAAGUUGUCCUCUUACAUCUUGAAGAACCCACCCCCAUCCUCCACAGGAAAGAAGGCCGCUACCGCCACCGCCAACGUUGUGGGAGGUGGUAAGUCCAUUUCUGAUAUUGCACAGAGCGCCGACGGCGACGCCGCUAAGCAAGCCAACGGUGACGACGACGACGACGCUUUGACCAAGAAGAUCAAUGCUGAGGCUGCUGCUCUCGCCAGCGAAACCGUCGAGGUUGCUGACGACGACUGGGCCGUCGACAUGUCUAAGGAGGCCAUCGAGGCCAGAGCCAGAGAGUUGGAGGGCCUUUCGCUAAAUGACAGCCAGACCAAGCUCACGGAAUUCGGUGAGUGGGCCUUGAAGGAUGCUGGUGACGACAAGGACGAGUUGCCAUCCGACAUUGAUCUUUAUAAGAAGAUUGUGGAGUUGGAGCUCUUGGAGAAGCCAGACGUCAUGCUCGUGUUGGCUCAGGUUUUGUUCGACGAAGAGAUCCUUGAGCAGCUCGAUGAGCACAAGGGUUUGUUGGCCAAGUUGAUCAACGGUCAGAACGACUUUGAGAAGGCUUUCUUGGGUGGUCUUGAGAGAUUCUUGGGUUUGGAGAAGCCUGAGUUGAUUCCUCUCGUUCCAAAGAUCCUUGUCAAGUUGUACGACCUGGAGUUGGUUGGUGAAGAUGAGAUUCUCAACUGGGGUUCGAAGGUGUCCAAGAAGUAUGUUUCUAAGGAUGUGUCUAAGAAGGUGAGAAAGGCCGCUAAGCCUUUCAUUCAGUGGUUGAAGGAGGCCGAUGAGGAGUCGGACGAGGAGUAA